UCUCCGCAGGCCGCAGCCCACGAGCUCCCCGGCAGCCCCGACGUGUCCGUCUGCUUCGCCAACCGCUCCGCCGCCCUCUUCCACCUCGGGUGCUUCGAGGUUUGUUUGGAAGAUAUUGCCAGGGCUGAAAGUCAUGGCUAUCCAGACAGGCUGCUGCCCAAGGUCUUGCUGCGGAAAGCUGAGUGCCUGCUGUGUUUGGGGAGGUUACAGGAUGCAGCAGAUGCCCUCAGUGUGGUGGAGAAUAAAAUUGCUGUGGAUGGGAUCAUGAGUAGUCCUACACAGCAGACGCUGCUAAAAAAGUUAAGUCAACUGAAGGUUAAAAUACAUGAGAAAGAGAGUUGUCCAGAGCCUGCACAAGAAACAUGUGGUGACACUCAAAGACUGUCAGAGAUCUGGGAAGAGAAUGACAGGAUUGCAGGUGCAUCUUCAUCUUUGAGCUUGAAUUUUGAUCUAGAGAGAGGCCGUCACUUGGUGGCCUCCCAGGACAUCCUGCCAGGACAGAGCCUGUUGAAAGAGGAGGCCUUUGUAAGCGUGCUGUGCCCGGGGGAGAGCCUUCUUCUGCAGGACAGCAGAGAAACCACCUGGGAUACUGGAGUCACAAAUGCAGAUCUUUAUUGCCACCGUUGUCUGAGGCAGCUCUUGGCCUCAGUGCCUUGCCACGGGUGCAGUUAUGCCAAGUACUGCAGUCAGAGCUGUGCAGACAUGGCAUGGGAGCAGUACCACAGCACAGAGUGCUCCCUGGGAGCCCUGCUUCUCACGUUAGGGGUCUUCUGCCACGUUGCCUUGAGGACUGUUCUGCUGGCGGGAUUUGCAGAGGUUAGCAGGCUGGUGGAAUGGUCCCACGAGGGUGACAAGGACCUUCAUGAUCCUGAGGCAAGAUGCCAACGUCUCGGUGAGGCCCUGGGCACAAGAGCUGGCACCAGAGGCAUCCCUGGUUGUAACCAUGAUGGUCAGUACCAGAGUUCUUACCAAGCUGUGUUCAACCUUUUGCCACAUGCCGAGAAGCACAGCCCUGAACACAAGUUCCUUUGCAUGCUGAGUGUAGUAGCUAUAUGCAAACAGCUGCAGGAAGCUGGCCUAGAGGCUGCUGUUUUGGAUCAGGAAUCACCUGAGAAGUGCUCCAAACCAAAGACCUGUGAAAAAACAUCGGGUGAAUUGUCUCUAGAGCUGCAGACCAUGGCAGAAGCAAUGCUGAGGCAUGUGUUACAGCUGCAGUGUAAUGCACAAGCCAUCACUGUAAUGCAGGAGUCGGGGUCUGGAGGUGGUGCUGUGGUCAGUGAGGAGCCUGUGCGCCUGGCGACAGCCUUCUUUCCUGUCCUCAGCCUUCUGAACCAUUAAAAAUUUACUGGGACAUCUGCCACUGUCAGGGCAUCGGAGCCAAUCCCAAGUGGCCAAGAGAUUUUCCAUUGCUAUGGCGAAGACAUGCUCUGUUGUUCAAAGGAAGCUUGUGCAAUCUCAGUCAGCAGAGAGAGCCUGUCAGGCCGUGUAUGGGACCUUCAGCAACAAGUGAAGAAAGCAUUGGAACUGCUGAGGGAUGGGAAGGCUGAUCAGGCUAUCAAAAUGCUCCUGAAGUGUCAGAUGGAUGCUAGAAACUUCUUGUCUCCAGAGCAUUUGUUGAUGGGAGAGAUGGAGGAUCAUCUGGCACAGAUCUAUGCUACUCUUGGGAAGUGGCAGGAAGCAGCCAGACACCUGCAGAGGAGUAUUGAGAUUGUGGAAAUGCAUCAUGGCCCAUCAAGUAUAGAAAUAGGGCACGAACUUUUCAAACUGGCACAAAUUCUCUUCAAUGGAUUUGCAGUUUCUGAAGCUCUGAGCACGAUUGAAAGAGCAGAGGAGAUUUUGUCAGUGCACUGUGGUCCUCAGAGUACUCAGAUCCAGGAACUGCAAGAGAUGAAGACCUGUUUGUUAGAGCUUCCCAGAAGCGUCCUUCAGAGGAUUUAAUUUCACUGUCAAAGGAAGCUGCAAUGUGAUCAUUCAUCAAAGCUAAGUUUCAUGUGGUAAGGUAUCCAUGUAGUACAAGCUGGAAAAUCACGUGUAACAACAACUUGAAUGAAAUCUGAAAUGCUCUUUAGUGAGACUGUUGUAAAUAAAAUGACCAAUUCUAACAUGA